AUGCCUCAGCCCAUUCCUAAGACGGACAGCUUAAUCGACCUGUUCAGCCUUAAGGGCAAGGUCAUCGUUGUUACCGGCGCCUCUGGUCCUCGAGGAAUGGGCAUCGAGGCUGCUCGUGGCUGCGCGGAGAUGGGUGCCGAUGUUGCUAUCACCUACUCCUCGCGCAAAGAGGGGGCCGAAAAGAAUGUAGAGGAGUUAACUAAAGCCCACGGCGUCAAAGUCAAGGCUUACAAGUGCGACGUGUCUGAUUUUACCAGCUGCGAGCAGCUCGUCAAGGACGUCGUCAAGGACUUUGGCCACAUCGAUGGUUUCAUCGCUAACGCCGGCGCCACUGCUGACGGCGGCGUCCUCGACUCUACGAAGGAGGCCUGGGAUAAGGUCAUCCAGAUAGACCUGAACGGCACCGCAUACUGCGCCAAGGCUAUCGGCCCUCACUUCAAGAAGCAGGGCCACGGCUCGUUCGUCAUCACCGCUUCCAUGUCCGGCCACGUCGCCAACUUCCCGCAGGAGCAGACGUCGUACAACGUUGCCAAGGCGGGAUGCAUCCACAUGGCGCGCUCCCUGGCCAACGAGUGGCGCGACUUCGCCCGCGUCAACUCCAUCUCCCCGGGGUACAUCGACACUGGCCUGUCUGACUUCAUCGACCAGAAGACCCAGGACCUGUGGUACUCCAUGGUCCCCAUGGGCCGCCCCGGCCUGGCCAAGGAGCUGAAGGCCGCGUACGUGUACUUGAUCAGCGACGCGAGCACGUACACGACCGGCGCCGAUAUCGUUAUCGACGGAGGGUACACGUGCCGGUAA